ACGUAACUUGGAGCACCGACAGGUGGGGCCAGAGGCACCACUUCGCCGAACCGGACUGGGGAUUUCUCUCCCUUGCCGUCGCCGCCACCGCCGCCAGCAUGGCUCUCGCUCUCCGGCUCCUCCGCCACCGCCAUCUCCUUCGCCUCCUCCCCCGCGCUACCAUGCUAUCCACCUCCGCCCCGCCUCCCGACCGCCGUGAUCUCCUUCGCAUCGAGCGAAUCCUUCACAACCCUGGCGCCGCCGCCCAAACCGCGCAGCCCCAAGAGCACCAACGAGCCACCGCCGCCGCCAGACUGCGGAACCUCCUCCACAGAACUGGCGGACUCACCGAUGCGGAGUCCACCUCCCUCCUCUGCCGCCUCCGGGCCCCAAUUAGCCACCACCGCCUGGGCCGCCUCCUAGAGGAACUCGCCGGCCUCCGCCUCACGGGGGCCGAAAUCAAGGCCGCCCUGGCGUCCGACCCUGAGGGGCUCCUCUCAAUGGACCCCGGCGAGCCGUCCCGCCUCCUCGAGUUCCUGCGCGACAUCCGGUGCCGGAAGGCGGUCAAAGAGCAGGUCCUCGCCCACGGCGCGCUCCGCGCCACCGUCGCCGCCCGGCGGCGGGUGGAGCUCCUGCACGCGCGCGGGCUGACCCGUCCCGACGCCCUUCGGGUGCUCGCCGCCGAGCCGCGGGUGAUGCUGUAUUCAAUUGAGGAUGUGGAGAGGAAGGUGGAGUUCUUGGUCAGCACAAUGGGAUUCGAGGUUCGGUGGCUGGUUCAGUACCCAGAGUUCCUGGGGGUGAACCUCGACAACUGGAUCAUCCCGCGGCACAAUGUGGUGGAGCACUUGAAAUCAGUUGGCGGGCUCGGGGACCCUGUUGAGAUGAAGCACUAUGUGAGGUUCAGUCGCAGAAGGUUCUACAACAUGUUUGUCAAGCCGUACCCAGAAUGUGAGAGGAUAUUUGGGGGACUAGUCAGGGAGAAGGAGGAAAUGGUGAGGCGGCGGCACCCGACAGGGUUCUGGAAGCUGUUUACACCGGCAAAGCAUGAGAAAACUCAGGAGGAAGUGAUGAACAUGAAACUUCUUGUGGGGUCACUUCGUUAGGUAUAUGUUAUGGUCAUGAGUGUGACAAGCGCUCGACUGCAGAACACAUCAUGCCUCAACAUAGUUGUGACUGAACCAAGAGCUGGUUGAGAGAUUCUUGGUCAAGGGGACUUGUCAAGGUGACAGGAGCGCGGGAGGUAUUGAGAAAGCAUACAUGUUCAAUUAAGAUUACUCUUCACCAACAAAAAAAAAUGGCUGUUGUGAAUGGACAUGAACACAAUUGGAUAUUCUCAAAUAUGUCUUGGUGGUGCAUUCCACCACAGUUCACAAGAUAAAAUCCUUUCUUAAAGGUGUGUUUUUGUUAUAAUGGCUCACCAUCGUGCUGAUCAGAGCAAAGAGAAUAACAAAUUGAGGAAAGCUGGCAGCUGGUGCAAGGAUUAUCUCAAGGUAUCAACAAAUGGAUAGUCCAGUGGAAGCUCGUUGCUUUUUUUAAAAGAUUUAUGAUCAUCUGAACAUUCUGCUGAGGUGAUGUGUAUGCUAACUUAGUACACCAAAGUUUUCUUGUGUAUGCAUUGGGGUCAUUUGUUAGUUUACAGACAUUUCACUGGUUUCGAUUUUUCAUUGUUAUGUAUUUACCUUUCAUAUGUGUUCAACAUUAGUAUGAGUUAUGGGCUAUGAGUGUACGGCUUUAAAGAAUAUUGUUUUCUUCCAUUGAUAAAUAUUGUUGCUUUAGUUUUUGGAGAUUA